AGCAACUCGGAUACAUAUAAAAGGUAACACAACUCAGGUGAGGGACAGUUCAUUUUCGAGAAAGGACGUGAAACAGUGGAAACAUGGCUUCGCGCUGGACUAUUCUAUUCGUUUUGGGUGUCGUGGUGGGUUACGCUUCUGCGUAUAAGGGCGCUUACAUCGGGAAGUUGUCUAUGCUGAAGCAUGAAGUCUCUGGUGAUGUUUACGCCGUCGAUAGAUUUACUCUUUACAUAGAAAACUUCAACUUUGAUGGGGAUGCUCCAGCUGUCUUCUUCUUUGCUGGCAAUAAAACGCCUGAACCCAGCGGCCAAGGCUUCAUCAUCCCUGACGAACGUGGCAGCCUUCAACCUCUGGGUCGUUACCGCAAUAGGAACUUGGUUCUCAAGUUUCCUAAAACUGAGGAAGGGCAGCAGUCCGUCGAUAAUAUCCUUUGGCUCUCUAUCUGGUGCAAAGAAGUUGGCGUCGACUUCGGCAACGUGAAAAUUCCCCGUGGCCUAAGGCUACCAGAACCCCAAUUAGUUGGGGACCUCAGGAGCUACAGGCCCUUCAUCAGUUCCUCUGCAGUGACACUGGUCGAUGCCGCCACCCUCAGGAUUGAUCAGUUCACUUAUGAUGGCAGUGUUCCAGACGCCCAGUUUAUGAUCAAAGCCGAGGGCGCCGCACCGGUUUUCAGACAAGUCCCGGACGAGAAUGGUUCCCUGAUUCCUUUGAGGAAGUACAAUAGGAAGACGAUUGCCCUCUCCGUCCCAUACGAAGUCCAGGGGCGGCCCAUACGUCACUUCGGAGUCUGGUCGCCUUCUAAGGGCGUCUUGGCCUCUGUCUCCUUCAAUGUUCACGCCCUGGUACCGCCGUCCAUCAGAUCACUUCUUUAGUUUAUUUUUGAAUUUAUUUUAUGACGUUUUUGGAGGGACGUGGGGCCGGGAUGGAGGAGGGGCAGUAGAAGGUGUGAAGGAAUCUUCUUGGUCUCAUAUAUGAUUGGCUUACAGUGCAGGAACAUAUAUAUAUAUAUCGUCUCUGGUUGCACUGAUUGCUGAACACUAUAUAUAUUGGAGAAGAAUCUAUUUAUUCAUUCAAGAAUUUUUCUUAGGAAAUAUAUAUAGCCACGGAUAAAGCUUAGUUUAAGAAUAUAUAUAUAUACAUACAUACAUACAUACUAUAUAUAUAUAUAUAUAUAUAUAUAUAUAUAUAUAUAUAUAUAUAUAUAUAUAGUUAUUUAUCUUUAUUUAUAGAUUGCAAUAAAUGAAAUUCCUAAGCUUUUGUGACGUGAAGUUUCUUUGGAGCCCUCUGGCGACAAGAGUGUUCUCUGUUUUUGUUUAUCAUUGCAACUUUCGUCUCCUCCAGUUUUGAGUCUGGUAUCCUUGUGUUCAGUUAAUUUUGUAAGUAGAAAGAAUCCUUGUACAGUUAGAUUCACUAUUCUGUGUUUACGCGGUUAUUUACACAUGAAAGUGCUGUAAACACUGUAAGACCUCGAGAUUUUGCUCAUUCUCAUAUAUUCUAUAGGUUGGUUGCCACAAUAAUAUGUUAGGGUUGUGCAAAGGGUUGUUAUACAUGUUAAAGUUGUGUUAAGGCGUUCUUUUUAUGUUAUUGUAUUAUUAGUAAAUGGUUAAUCGUGUGUCUGUGUUAUUUUCAUAAAUGUGAUUUUAAAUAUAUAGUGAUAGUUUU